AUGCCGGACUUCAACGCACACGCCCUUGACCCGUCCUGGGCCGAGCCGCCAGCGGAGAAGGUGCAGGAGUUCUUCGACAUCUUGCCGAAGGCUUAUGUCCACGACGAGCCGCUGCUCGUCCAGGACACCACCAAGGAGGAGCAGGACUACAUCGCCGUCAGGGCGACGGAGGUGGCGCUUGCCAGGGAGGCUGGCAGCGCCGACCACGAGGAGGACGAGGCCGAGGCUGUUGUGGAGGAGAAAGAGCUUGCCGGAUGGGCAGAGUCAGCUGGGGAGGCCAGCAGCGCUGGCAUCGGGGCCCCUCUCACCGAAGAUGUGGUCGACGAGUCGACCGAGAAAGAGGUUGAGGCCGACGACCCUCCGGCCAUGGGAAAAAGGCGCGUUCUAUGGCGGUCCAGCUCUGGAGAGCCGGUCCGGCCCGGCAAGACUGCGCGGCGGCAAGGGACCCAGGAGGAGUCCGUGCGCCUGACGAGGGCUGCGGCAGCGAAGAAUGUGGUGAAGGCCGCGGUGGCGAAGAAGAAAGCUACCGCGUCUUCCUCGUCCAGGCGUUGCCAGACUCCAUCCCCUUCCCCUCUGCCCGCAGACAUUGACACGGAGGUCGUCUUCGAUCUUAGGGACAGGGAGACGUCGGCCCAGAGGGUGGCAAAGAGGGCCAAGGCCUCGAUGGGCGACAAGCCCCCGGCGGGCACUCCGAACACGCCGAUGUUGGUGGACAGCAGCCCGGAAACCAGCCCCUGGCGUAGCCCUCACUUCAGCCCCCAGCAUCCUUCCUCGGCGGACCGGGAGGACAUCGACACCAUCAUCGAGGAGGUCUCCAGGGACGCCAAGGCCGAGGCCAACAAGAUCGCCGCCAAGGAUGCCGCCAAGACCGCUGCUGAGGAUGCCGCCAAGGGGCCCGCCCUGGAGGCCAGCAAGGCCGCUGCCGAGGAGGCCGGCAAGGGGCCUGCUCAAGAGGCCAACAAGGCCGCUGCCGAGGAGGGGAUGGUUGACGACCAACCUUCUUCCUCUGCUGCCUCCGGCUCGGGCAAGUACCUCAAGGUGGGCGACGACCUGUUCGUCCACCUCCCAGGGACGGCGAGAACCAGGGCACCCACCAAGGGGGAGGUGUUCGAUGAUGAGGUGAAGGAGCUGGAGGUGGAGUGGGAUGGGCUGAAGGAACAGGCCCUGAACCUGGCGAAGGAGAAGGACACGCUCAACGGUGCUCUAGUGGAGACAUCUGCGUCCGUCUCUGGCCUCCUCUGCAGCUCCGUUCGGCUGGGCGACCACUGUUUCCACUCGCUGCCGGCGCGCAGUCCGCCAGCCGCCCCCGAGCGCUACCCCGGCCCUGGCUUCCUUCUACUCCGCGCGAGCGCCGCCGACAGGCCACGACCGAGCCCUCCGCCUCAUGCUCGCGUGCUCCGCAGCUCCGCCACCGACUCUCCUGCCGCACCUAUGACCGGCUGCGUGGCGCGCCUCGCGCGCCGUCUCGUCCUCCCCUUCAGCAGCGGUCGCGCCGCUCGGCGCCGUCUCCGCCGUCUGCGUCGAGUCCGGCUCCGCCCCGCAGCCGUCACGCCGCCUCCCUCCCCGCGGGACCGCCAGCCAGCUCCGCGCCUCCGCGGCCGACUCCCCUGCGUGCCGGGCCGCCGCGGCCCCUCCGCCCUGCCCCAUGGCCGGCUCCCGCGCUGGCCGGCUCCGCCUGCCACCCGACUGCGCCUCCCCCGGCCGGCUCCCGUGCUGGCCGGCUCCGCCUGCCACCCUGCCUCCCCAGAGUCGCCGCGCCUGCGACUCGCUAGCCGGCCCCGUUUGCUCCGCCUGUGGGCGCGUCCGGCUCGUGGCGUGCACCGGAUAGACGUCCGCUUCAUCCGCCUCCACUCCCGCCAGCUCCGCCUCGGCCGGGGCCGGGAAGCGCCCGCCAGCUCCAGCCCCGCCCGUGGCCGGGUCGCGCCUGCCGGCUCUGCCCCCGCUCGUGGCCGGCUCCGGCUCGCGCCUCCAGCUUCGCCGCCACGCCUCGCCAGGCUCCGGCCCCUGCCGGGUCGCCUCCGCCCGAGGCCAUGUGCUUCGCCCCCGUCGGGUCGCGCCCGUCGCUCAACCAUCGUCCCCGACCAGCUGUUCCGGCCUCGUCUUCAACCCAGCCCGCCGCCUCCGCUCCCGCGCCGCGUCCCGGCCGCCGCCUUCUGCCGCGACUCGCCCGCCGGCUGCUGCCGCGCCCCGGCCUCCUGCGAUGGCCAGCUCCACCCGGCGACCCGGCCUGCCGGCUCCGCCCGCACCGGCUUCACCGGCGACCCGGCCUGCCGGCUUCGAGGCGGCCGGCUGCUCAGUCCGCUCGCGCUCCGGAUGAGGGACAGGGUGGUGCUCCUGAUCGUCAGUGGUGCGACGGCAACGACGGGCGGGUGGGAGCUCGGGCGGGAGGCAGUGAUCUACCCGGGGCAGAUAGCUCGACUUGGGCUUGAGAUUCUGACCGCUUGCACCAUCCUGAGGAUGUACCACUCAGCGACGAGGCAUGUGCUCGUGGGCGGGAGCAACCUGCUCAAUGGAUACCGGUUUGCGAACGUGAUGUACUCGACGUAG